AUGGCACCGUAUGAAGCAUUUUAUGGUAGAAGAUGUCGGUCUCCUAUAGGAUGGUUUGAAGCUGGUGAGACUAACUUAUGGGGACCCGACUUAGUACAAGAAGCUAUGGACAAAGUCCAGUUGAUCCGACAGAGAUUGCUUACAGCUCAAAGUAGACAAAAAUCUUAUGCGGAUAAGAGAAGAAAAGGUUUAGUGUUUAUAAUUGGGGAGAAAGUGUUCCUACGAGUCUCUCCUAUGAAAGGUGUGGUGCGUUUUUCAUGUCUCAAUGCUAAGGAAAUAUAUAUAUCAGACUCAUCUCAGGUGCUUGGAGCACCUGUUACAUCGCUUGAUGAGAAGUUAUAUUAUGAGGAGGAGGCAAUGGCUAUUGUUGAUAGGCAAAUUUUGUUCCAGCAGUUGCAGGCAUUUUUGGCCUCCGCGUUCGCGAAGGGCCGGGUUUUCGUAAGCUUCGCGUUCGUGAGGGUCAAAGACGCGUUCACGAAGGCUUGUGAGGGGAUUGCAUCGCGUUCGCGAGUGAGUAUACGCGAUUGCGAAGGAGGUUUGGGUCUGAGGGGUCCGAUGUCAGUUAUUCAUCGCGUUCGCAUAGGAGCGGACGCGUUCGCGAAGGUCAAGCCGGAAGAAGCAUCACGUUCGCGACUGGCAUGUCGCGUUCACGUAAGGUAA